AUGAGUGAUAUGUCCAAGACUUUCCAGGAUGCCGUUCAUAUGGCAAGAAAACUUGGCUUUCGAUACCUCUGGAUCGAUUCGCUCUGCAUCAUUCAAGACGAUCCGCAGGACUGGGAAAGAGAGGCAGCUCAGAUGUGCCGGGUUUACUCUCACGCUGCCUUCAACAUCGCGGCCGCACACGCUCCGAACGGGCUCGUAGGCUGUUUCGUGCAAAGGGACGGGCUUCUGAACCUGCCCCUUUCGGUGAAGCUCACCGAGCAAAAGACAGCUCUGUUCACACUAUACGACUUGACCAAGAAAAUACCGGGAAGGAACGUGCUCGCCCAAAAAUCUGGAGCUGAGCUGGGGCCGCCGUUGUUUGGACGUGCCUGGGUGUUCCAGGAGCAAAUGCUCUCGCGGCGGAUGUUGACGUUCAACGGCUCUGAGAUGUCUUGGAAAUGCCUGUGUGGGAAUGGCACUGAACGCUAUCCUGUUGGACGCGUCAUUCGGCACGGUGGCUCCCACGAAUUUAUCCAGCGGGGGAUUACGAAGGACGGGGAGUACUUCAAUGAUGACGACAUCGCCCGUCGAAAGCAGCACUUGGACUGGUGCAACGCUGUCAUGGACUACACCCAUCGAGGAAUGACGGUUGUUACGGACCGGCUGAUUGCCAUCAGCGGCGUCGCAGAUGCCAUUCAGCAGAAGACCAAGAACACGUUUCUCGUUGGUCUUUGGAAAUCAGAGCUCUGGUUGGGUCUCCUAUGGAGCAUUCCUCACGCUCGGGAGUAUGCGCCGACUACAUCGCAUGCCUUUGACUACAACGCCAAGUCUCUCCGAAACCUUGAGGAAAAUGUUGCGCCAACCUGGUCGUGGGUCUCCGUUACUGGGCCAGUUGUUUACUCUACGGCAACUGGCGAUGUUCGGGUAAAAAGAAUUUGCUUUAUAGACCAUGUGGAAGUAUCAGGUCCUCCAGUCAGAAAAUCCGGUGUUUUGGGCAUUCGCGGCCAUACGAGAACGGUGUACAUCAACUCGAUUUACCCGUACGCACUUGGAAACGAUCCGGACUGCCCGACUGACAUGACUUUUCCACUGCCAGAUGAUGGGCAUCAGGAUUUCGAGUACAAGGGCAGAAGGUUCCACCCGAAUGCCUACUUCAUUUUCUCCGACCAGUGCCCAACUCAUCCUGAUAAGGCCAAUUGGCAGUUGAUGCGCGGCAUGUGGCGUCCAGAUGAAGUAGUGCCUCCCGACACUCCAAUCACUUUCCUCGCUAUUGCCCAACGCAAUCACGGACGAACGGCAACUCACGAUCGAGAGGACGAUCCACUUCAAGUAUUCACUAUCGGGCUCAUCCCCUCGCCAGAGUCGGCAGACACAUAUCGCCGAGUCGGAUACGCAGUUUGGGACGACUGUGCUUGGUAUGGGUACAACUGCAGCUCAGGUACCCGAUUCACGCAGUCCGAAGAAGACUCAAACCCUAUGAAGCAGCGUUCCAUGCCGCGUAAGAUCAUCGAAAAAGCAUUACCAUGCGUUUUCCACCCUCCCUCGCAACCACCCUCGCAACCGGCCGGGCCAAUCGAGGAAGCUUAUCCAAGCGUCGACGACGGGUUUCACGAUCACGAAUUUGAAGAAGGAAGGCUCCCCGAGCUAUCCAGCUACCACGACAGAGUCCAUGCACGGACAAGGUCCUUGCGAGUGGUCUGA